CCGGCACAGCUCGAACCACACUUUGACGAUCACUUCGAAACCGAACACAUCGCACGUUCUGGUUCGAAGCUUAAGAGGAUAAGAGUUCAGUUCUAGCUAGCAAGAGUCAGCUAAAUCCGCAAGAUGGUGUCAGUGAAGAACUUCUGUGUGGUGUUCGGUGUGCUGGCGUGUGUUUUGGCGCCAUUCGCGAGUGGCGCUGCUGCCUACUGCCCGGCGCGGUGUGUUUGUGACGAUGUGAAACUGCACGUGACCUGUGGCGAGGGCGAGCUGGAUGUGCUCCCGAUCGCGCUCAAUCCCGCCAUCGAGCGGCUGGUGAUAAAGUUCAAUCGCAUCAAGGCGAUCGAUUCGUCGAUCCAGUUCUACAGUGAUCUGACCAUGCUGGACCUGAGCUACAACCAUCUGCUCGGGCUGCCGAAAAGCAUCUUCCGGUACCAGAAGCGUUUGUUGCAGCUGCACCUGAACAACAACAAGAUCGCCUCGAUCGGUAACAAAACGUUCGCCGGUAUGGAUGAACUGCGAGUGUUGAAUUUGCGUGGCAAUUUCAUAGAGCAAGUGACCAAGGGUCUUUUCCGUGCCCUGCCCAAGCUGGAGGAGCUAAACUUGGGGGAAAAUCAAAUCGCUACGCUGCACCCGGAAGCGUUCGAAGGUCUGCCCUAUCUGCGCAUUCUGCAUCUGGACGAUAAUGCGAUCAACGUGAUUCCUACGCCUUCGUUCACGCCGCUCCGGCUGCUGGCUGAGCUGUACCUGGGGCUGAACACGCUGAACCAGAUUCAGCCCGGCUCGUUCGAGGGACUGCAGCAUCUGCGUCGGCUGGAUGUGCGCGGCUCGAUGCUGGUUAACCUGACGAUCGAUACGUUUCGUGGUCUGGAGAACGUACGAUCCCUGGACAUCUCCGACAAUCAUCUGCUGAAGGUGCCGACCGUGGCUCUGAGUGUGCUGGCGCGUCUGGAGGAGCUCGCGAUCGGACAGAACGACUUUGAAGUGAUCCCGGAGGGAGCGUUCUUCGGCCUUUCCAACCUGCGCAAAGUGUCCAUCUCGGGUGCACUGAACCUGCAGCGCAUCCAGUCCGGUGCGUUCGCCUCCAACACCAACCUGGACACGAUCGUGAUCGCUUCGAACCGCAUGCUGCAGGAGCUGGACGAGGGCGCCUUCUCGGGGCUGCCCCACAUCGAGAACGUGAUUCUGCGCGACAACGCGUUCCGGACGUUCCGCGAGGAGCUGCUGCCGUGGAAGCAGCUGCGCAACUUUGACAUUUCCGGCAAUCCGCUCGCCUGCAACUGCCAUCUGCGCUGGAUGAAGGAUUUGCUGCGCGACAAACCGGAGCUGGAAACGGAACAGAGCCAGGUGAUCUGCCAGUAUCCGGAGCGGUUCACGGGAGAGGCACUGCGGGAGAUUAGCUCCGAGCUGCUGGGCUGUCAUCAGCGCCCCUCGAAGGCGCGCGCAAUGGUGGGAGUGGUGCUGGUAGCGUCCGCUGCCUCCCUGACCACCUUCAUCCUGGUGGCCUAUCGCCUGCGCCAUCGGCUGGUGGAUGUGCUGGGCCCCAGCUGGCACAACAAGCGCAACGCCCUGAAGGAGGAGAAGGAUCUGGAGUUCGUCAAGUCCUUCCCCGAGAUUGAGUACCAUCAGCCGAACUUCAACAUCUACACCUGCAACUACCAGCAGAUGUACCAGCAGAAGCCACCGUGUCCGCCCCAGUUCCAGCACCACAUCUACGAAACGCCCAUCCCCGUGUCCGACCUGUAAGCGCUGCCGGCAAGCAACGGCUUCCAGGGGGGAUACUUGGGAGACUUCGGGCCACAUCGCACAGGAUGAUCGCAUGUGCCUGUCAAUCAGGCGCGUCACCGCGUAAUCGAAGGAAUAAUCACGUUCGGAUUACCGGCAAGCCAGCCACCGAGCCUACAGCAACAGUGGGCUCGGACGGAGCAUCGUUGACGACCCGGCACAGUUUGGAAGUGGCACACGGGAAACAUAGCGCAAUG